AUGGGCGAAAAACGCAAGCUCGAUUCACCCGAGGAUUCUCCAAACCCAGGCCCGUCAAACUUGCCUGAUAAGCGGAGAGUCAUAGGACCUGCUCUUCCCCCACAAUCUGGAGACAGCACACCCAGUGGGAGUGACAGUGAAGAUGACUUUGGUCCAAGCCUGCCUCCAGCAGACGGCGUCACUGUCGAACCAGUGAAUAAUUACAAGCCAUCAGUACCCUCCCCUGGUUUGGAGGAGAGUCGGCGGGAUCAAUGGAUGCUACAACCACCGGCACAGACAGACUGGGCGACAAAAAUCGAUCCAACCCAUUUACGAAGUCGAAAAUUCCAGACGGGAAAAUCGGCCAAGUCCAUUCCCAGUAAGACUGAUUCAUCAUGGGUGGAAAGUCCCGAGGAUCGAAUAAGGCGACUGCAGGAUGAAGUGAUGGGUGUUGCUGCCACGCCAAACGCACGACAGGAUACAUCAAGUACAGCUGACGGGGCUAAAUCAUUGGAGAAGAAGAUUCAGAAGUAUCGGGAUAUAACCGGGAAGAACGCCCGUCUUGAGCACUCGGAGCAAUCUCGCAAAGAAGAGGAUGAUCCCAGCCUCCGGGCUUUUGAUCGAGAGAAAGAUAUGGCUAUUUCGUCCAAGGUUUCCCAUGCACAGCGUCGCGAGAUGGUGAAUAAAGCAGGCGAUUACAACACACGCUUCUCAAAGAGUAGCUUUCUGUAA